CCAACUUUGGUUGGAAUUAAGAGAAUGCCACAAUGCCGAAACAAGCUAAAAUGUCGGCCAAGAGCAACGCUGACUUGACGGGAAAAAAAGCUGGUUUGACAACACAGAUGAGUAAUAUUGCACAGAAUCUGUUAUCAAUAAUUUGCGUGAAACUCUUGAUAAGUUAUUUGUAAAACUAAACGCGAACUUACGGCACACAUAUUGUACUUAAAUAUAACAAUAAAUGCGUGUAUUUCACUCAAGUUAGCGUUGGUGAACGUGUGCAUGCUUUAGUAUGUCGGAGCGUGAACAACUGAGAAACAUAAAUGAGAAAAUCGAUUUGAUUGAGCCCAGCACGGGAAAAUUGUUUUUCGAACACAAAACGGAGCUUGUGUUUAUCAAACCUCGCUUGAUGCCACUAAAGUCACAGGCGCUAGAGAGUCUGGAGGAGAUGCACCGGGAAACCGCGCGACAAUUGCAACAAAAACGCACAAAACGCAACAAUCCAAAGAACGCAGCAGACACACAGCAGGACGCCGCCUAGACUACGGCU